UUCACACAAUCUAAGGAGAAGCAGAGCAGAAUAGAACGAGAGAGGACAGAGGACAUGUGUGCGUAACGAGAGACUUGUGACAAAGGAAAAAGGGAGCUGUCUGAUAAGAAGUCUGAGAAAUGAGUUGGAUAUUUUGAAACUCUACUCAACAGUGACAGAAGAAAUGAGUAUUAGUGAAGGGAAGACACGUUACGUGUCCACUUUCAGGAUGCAGCUGUCAGGCUCCCAGUCCAAGGGGGCCAAUGGACAAGGGACCCGACCUGUACACAAAACCACAAUCACCCCUGCCGUGAAGAAGAGUGAAGAGACAUCUAAUCUAGUGAGUAAUAAACACAGCCAUAUAAGGGGCCUGGAUCCACCCCUUUUCACUGAGUCCCUCCAGGACUGUAUGGUGGAUGAAGGAAAUGACAUCAUAUUGCAGGGGGUUAUCACAGGAAGCCAGCCAAUCAGUGUUUCCUGGUUUCAUAAUGGUGAGGAAGUGCGAUUUGGAAAAUCCUCAUUAGUGGGAGGAGAAGUAAUGCUGGUAGUUAGCGAGUGUCUCCCAGAGGAUGCUGGAGCUUACACCUGUGUAGCUGAAAACACUGCAGGAAAAACAUCCAGCAGUGCAGCGGUGUGUGUGAGAGACUAUGAAACGAUUACUGGGGUCCAUACCAAUACUGCACACUCACCUCACAACUCUCAUCCUCUUAAUUCUGCUCAUCCACACACUCCUAACAUGGUAAACAGGGUCUUAAACUCACCUCAGAACAUUUCAGACGACAUCAGUGUUUUCAGAGGCUCACGGUCACCUCUGACAUCCCAGACAGGAAGUCCUGUAACAAGCUCCCCAACACAAAAGAAAGAAGUGCUUGUCAAAAGGAGGAGCAGCUCAGGUACAGCUCCACCUCUGCAGUUUGUAGCUCCAUUAGAUCGGGUGGAGGUUCGUGUUGGAGAGACGGCCCAUUUGACCUGUGCAUUCCAAGGCAGCUCUCCAGUAGUGUCUUGCUGGAUCCGCAGCAAAGAGGAGGUGGUGGAAGGCUCCAGGUUUCAUAUUGACAGCUGUGAUCAGAGCAGUUCCCUGGUGAUCUCUGAAGCUUUACCUGAGGACUCUGGACGUUAUACUAUAUUUGUACGAGAUCGCAAAAGUUCCGCCCAACACACAGUGACCCUAUGUGUCAUUGACCGGCCCCAGCCGCCUGCCUCCUGUCCUGUGGCGUGUGUUCUCUCUCCUCGCACUCUGGUGUUGUCCUGGUCUGGUCCUUGUUAUGAUGGAGGAAGUGCUGUAACAGGAUACGUGGUCGAGGUUCGGUCACAAAGCCUUGGUGAGACUAACCACUGGAGAGAGCUUACCGCCCAGUGCAAGAGCACCUCCCUCAGGGUGAACUCAGGGCUUCAGCCUCAAGAAGAGUACUGCUUCCGAGUCAGAGCUUAUAACCCUGUGGGGGCCAGCGAACCGAGUCAAGAGUCCCAGCCAAUCAGGAUGGACAUCCCAGGACAGCCCAACGAAGAGACACCAGUGGAAUAUGUGAAUGUUACUAUCAACACUGAGCAUAAAGUUACUGACCAUUAUAUUGUCCAGGAAAAACUGGGAGUAGGGAAGUUUGGGCAGGUGUUUCGGAUGACCCACAAGGAGACAGGUCGUGUAUGCGCUGGAAAGUUCUAUAAGGGACGGCGAGCAAAGGAGAGAGAGGCGGCGAGGAAAGAAAUAGAGCUAAUGAAUUUCUUGCACCAUUCUAAACUGGUGCAGUGUCUCGCCGCAUAUGACAACAAACCUGAGAUGGUCAUGGUGAUGGAGUAUGUUGCUGGUGGUGAGCUGUUUGAGCGUAUUGUAGAUGAUCAUUUUGAACACACCGAGGCUUCCAGUGUGGGCUACAUGCGUCAGAUUCUGGAGGGCAUUCAUUACAUGCACCAGCAGAACAUCAUCCACCUGGACAUCAAACCUGAGAACAUUGUCUGUGUAGACAGAACUGGCAUUCAAAUAAAAAUCAUUGACUUUGGACUUGCUAGCAAGCUGGACCCCUCAACACCUUUGAAGGUGAUGCAUGGCACUCCAGAAUUUGUUGCUCCAGAAGUCAUCAACUUUGAGGCUGUCACUAUUGCCACUGACAUGUGGAGCAUUGGAGUCAUCUGCUACAUCCUGCUGAGCGGUGAAUCUCCAUUCCAAGGUGAAAGUGACACAGAGACUCUGGCUCUUGUAACAGCAGCGCAGUGGGAGUUUGAUGAGGAGAGCUUUGAGGAGAUCACUGACUUGGCAAAGGAUUUCAUUAGCUGUCUGCUCAGCAAAGAUGUCAGACGUAGGAUGUCAUGUAAAGAUGCCUUGGCUCAUGCCUGGCUGGCAUUUGAGAGUGUAGACAACACCAGCAGCACCACCAAAAACCUCUCCAAAGACAAGAUGAAGAAAUUCCUGACAAGGCAAAAAUGGAAGAAAACAGGCAAAGCUUUGCUGGCUCUGAAGAGGAUGGCCAUAUUGUCUAAACCAGAGGGUGCUGCGUGCCUGAGCCCUGUAGAUGAGACCGAGCAGGCACUGAAUUCUUUGGAGCUGAAACUGCAGUGUAAACCGGAGUUCAGUAAGACUCUGUCUGACAUGACUGUCCUACAGGGCUCCAUCGCCAAACUCUCCUGUCUCAUUACAGGUUACCCUGACCCGGAGGUGGUGUGGUUAAAGGAGAAUGAGCUGUUGGAGUUGCAGGAGGGUUGUGUGACGGUGGAUUAUGAGGAGAAUGGCAGCUGUACUCUCACUCUAGAGAACGUCUCUCUGCACCACAGUGGCCUGUAUUCCUGCAGAGCCACCAAUGUACACGGGGAGGCGCUGUGCUCUGCUACACUUAUAGUAGAAGAGAAAGACGGUUUAUAAAUUCAUAAUUGCACACAAACAAUUACAGAUUUACUAUGCAUUACUACACACACAAAACAGAUAGAUUCACACACCAAAUAGAUUAAAGUAUAUUGAUGCAAUAUACAUGCUGAUAUAAUUGUGGAUUCAGUGUUAAAACUGUAAUAAAAAAAAUCU